AUGCAACGUGCAGGGAGGCUUGGCACCCUGCUCUGCUAUUCCCAUUUAGCAAACAGGGAUAAAGCAUCAAACAGACUUUGCUUCUGCUGAGACUCCAGAUGAUGCCAGAGAGGAGUGGUUUCCUCCCGAGGCAGUCCAGGCUCCUGCAUCCAUCAGCACCCACUGCAUCCCCACACCGAGCGCAGCCCCUCCAAUUUCUGAGUGCUUCUGGAGAGCCAGAGCUCUCACCACAAGUCAGGACCAUGCUGGAGGAUGAGGAUGGGCUGAGCGAGAGGGGGCUGAGCAGCUCGAGGAGGAGAUACGACGAUGAAGAAGAUUACCAUUCCAUCUACAUCGGGGUACCGGUGCCCCGGGGAUACCGGAGGAAGCGGCGUCGGCGGCGAUCAGCCUCCAGCCGGGACCGGACCAGCGAGAGCGAGCGGCACUACGAGCGGCAGGAGCGCUCCGACACCGACGACGGCGGCCACGUCUGCUACGAGAGCGGCAAUGAUAACGCCAGCAGGACCAUGUCUCCAGCUGCUGAACGUCUCCGUUACAUCCUGGGUGAUGACGAUGAGCCCCCCAACCCCACACUCUUCACAGAGAUGGACACACUGCAGCACGACGGGGAGGAGAUGGAGUGGAAGGAGUCAGCCAGGUGGAUAAAGUUUGAAGAAAAGGUGGAGGAAGGCGGGGAAAGGUGGAGCAAACCCCACGUGUCCACGCUGUCUUUGCACAGCCUGUUUGAGCUGCGGACGUGCCUGCAGACAGGAACGGUGCUCCUGGAUCUCGAUGGUUACUCUUUGCCCCAAAUCAUAGACGAUGUCAUUGAGAAGCAGAUAGAGGACGGUCUGCUCAAACCUGAGCUGAGGGAAAAGAUCAGCUACGUGCUCCUCAGGAAGCACCGCCACCAGACCAAGAAGCCAAUCCACCGCUCCUUGGCCGACAUCGGCAAGUCGGUGUCCUCCAACACAAGUCGCAGCCCCGUCCGCAGCCCAGCUGCAGGUGCUGCCUUCCAUCGCUCCACGGAGGACCUUCGGAUGCGGCAGAGCGCGAGCUACGGCCGCCUGCGCCACGUGCAAAGCCGAAGCAUGAAUGAUAUCUCAGACACACCGAGCACCGACCAGCUGAAAAACAAGUUCAUCAAGAAGAUCCCCAAGGAUGCAGAGGCCUCCAACGUGCUGGUGGGAGAAGUGGAAUUCCUUGAGAAGCCCUUCGUAGCGUUCGUGCGGCUGCUCCAGGCAACCAUGCUGGGAGGGGUGACGGAGGUGCCCGUCCCCACCAGAUUCCUCUUUAUUCUCCUGGGCCCCGCAGGAAAAGCCAAAUCCUACAAUGAGAUCGGCAGAGCCAUCGCGACCCUCAUGGUGGAUGAUCUCUUCAGUGACGUUGCUUACAAAGCCAGAGAUAGAGAAGACCUGAUUGCUGGCAUAGAUGAAUUUCUGGAUGAAGUCAUUGUCCUGCCACCUGGCGAGUGGGACCCCAACAUUAGGAUCGAGCCACCCAAAAAAGUGCCCUCAGCUGAGAAGAGGAAAUCAGUUUUCUCAUUGAAUGAAGUGGGGCAAAUGAAUGGCACAGCUGGAGGGGCAGGUGCUGGGAGCGGUGGAGGAGGCAGUGAUGAUGGGGAGAUGCCUGAAGUGCAUGAAAUUGGGGAAGAGCUCGCAUGGACUGGGAGGUUCUGUGGUGGCCUCUAUUUGGAUAUCAAGAGGAAGCUUCCCUGGUUCCCAAGUGACUUCUAUGAAGGCUUUCAUAUCCAGUCCAUUUCUGCCAUCCUCUUCAUCUACCUGGGCUGCAUCACCAAUGCCAUCACAUUUGGGGGUUUGCUUGGAGAUGCAACAGAAAACUACCAGGGUGUCAUGGAGAGCUUCCUUGGCACAGCAAUGGCAGGUUCCAUGUUUUGCCUCUUUGCUGGGCAGCCGCUCAUCAUCCUCAGCAGCACCGGCCCCAUCCUCAUCUUUGAGAAGCUGCUCUUUGACUUCAGCAAAGGUAACGGCAUCGACUACAUGGAGUUCCGCCUCUGGAUCGGCCUGCACUCUGCCCUACAGUGCCUUAUCCUGGUGGCCACUGACGCCAGCUUCAUUAUAAAGUACAUCACCCGCUUCACAGAGGAAGGCUUCUCCACCCUCAUCAGCUUCAUCUUCAUCUACGAUGCCAUCAAGAAGAUGAUAGGGGCCUUUAAGUACUACCCCAUCAAUUCGGACUUCAAGCCAGACUAUGUGACCAUGUACAAAUGCGAGUGCAUUGCUCCUGACCCAGCCAACAUGACACUGUUCGAUGCUUCAGUUCCAGUAGCACCAAACACCACUAACGUGUCUCUGUACAAUGCUAUUAACCUCACAGCUCUGGAUUGGACUCAGCUGAGUAAGAAGGAGUGUCUCAAGUACGGCGGCAGCUUAGUGGGGAAAUCCUGUAAAUUCGUGCCCGACCUGGCCCUCAUGUCCUUCAUCCUCUUCUUUGGGACCUACUCCAUGACGCUCACCUUGAAGAAGUUCAAAUUCAGCCGCUACUUCCCCACCAAGGUUAGGGCCUUCAUUGCUGACUUUUCCAAUGUCUUCUCCAUCCUGCUGUUUUGUGGUGUGGAUGCCUGUUUCGGCCUGGAUACCCCGAAGCUGCACAUCCCCAGUAUCAUCAAGCCCACGCGUGUGGACCGAGGGUGGUUUGUGUUUCCCUUUGGGAAGAACCCAUGGUGGGUGUACCUGGCCAGCGCGCUGCCUGCCCUGCUCGUCACCAUCCUCAUCUUCAUGGACCAGCAGAUCACAGCCGUCAUCGUCAACAGGAAGGAGCACAAGCUGCGGAAAGCAGCAGGCUACCACCUGGACCUCUUCUGGGUGGGCAUCCUCAUGGCAGUGUGCUCCUUCAUGGGGCUGCCCUGGUACGUGGCAGCCACCGUCAUCUCCAUCGCCCACAUCGACAGCUUGAAGAUGGAGACAGAGACCAGCGCUCCUGGGGAGCAGCCCCAGUUCCUGGGGGUCAGGGAGCAGAGGGUGACGGGCAUCAUUGUCUUCGUGCUCACAGGGAUUUCUGUGUUCCUGGCCCCGAUUCUGAAGUACAUCCCCAUGCCAGUGCUGUACGGUGUCUUUCUGUACAUGGGCGUCGCGUCGCUGAACGGCAUCCAGUUCUGGGACCGCUGCAAGCUCUUCCUCAUGCCAGCCAAGCACCAGCCCGACUACGUCUUCCUGCGGCACGUUCCGCUGCGCCGCAUCCACCUCUUCACGCUGGUGCAGAUCGUCUGCCUGGCCGUGCUCUGGAUCCUCAAAUCCACCGUGGCUGCCAUCAUUUUCCCUGUCAUGAUUUUAGCCCUGAUCCUGGUGAGGAGACUGCUGGACUUUGUCUUCUCCCAGCAUGACCUGGCCUGGAUUGACAACAUCAUCCCUGAGAAGGAGAAGAAGAAGGAAGAUGACAAGAAGAAGAAGAAAAAGGGCAACAAAGGGGACAGCAGCAGUGAUGAGGAGGAAAGAGGUCCCCCACCUGGAGCUCUGCGUUCUGACUCCUCUCCAAAUGGUUCUGACAUGGAUCGUAGCAUUACACUCCACCUGAAGAUUUCAUGCCCAUCAUCUCCUGCAUUUAAUUACUCCCGAAGCCCCAUCUGUGCUGUGCCCCAGGUGAAGAUAGAGAUGGAGUCAGACUAUGAGGACACCGACACCGAAAAGGCACCGCGGGACAUGGGCAGUGAGACCACGCUAUAGUUCCCUGCAGUGCUUCCUCUAAUUUAUAUAUAUAUAUAGAUAUUUAUAUAUUCAUAUAUAUAUAUAAAGCAAAUUGGACAUAUUUUUCUACAUGAGACUGAGGAGAGUGCUGGCCCCCAAGGCUGCUGCUCCUGUAGUUACCUCUGUCACAUUUCCUCCCUCUCUGUUGGGCAAAGGCACCGGCGCUGAUAGCAAAAUGGGGCUCAAAAUGCAGAAAUGAGCAUUUUUGGCCUCUGAACCACUGCUGGGCUGGAGAAGCCAAAGGCAGCUGGGGGUGGUGCUGGGGAACGUCCCAGCCAUCCCAUCAGGGUCCUGCUGUAGGGGAGGGGUUCUCCUGCCCAGGGGGGCUCAGCACAGAGGCAGGGGAUGAGGAUGCGUUGGAGGCUGAGGACUGGCAGGAGGAGGGAAAGCUCAGGAGCUGCAGUGCCUGAGGUGGGUGUGCUGUGGGAGCAGCAGGAAGGAACAGAGCUUGAUCACUGCUGCGGAGAACUGGGAAUGCUUUCCAUAAGGAACUGGGCAGCAGAGCUGAGCACGGCCAUGCCUGACCCCGUGUCACUGCCCCAGCAAGGCGCAGUGCUGGGUCCCAAAAUCCAGGAGCCCUGUUGCUGCACCCAGCCAGGCCUUUCCUGCACCUUCUCCUUGCUCCAUACACACCAAGGAGCCUCCCAGCUCCUGGACAAGGGAGUCCACACUCCUCAAGCUCCUCCACCCCCAUUACACACACAUGGUUUAACAGCAAACAUCCCCCCACGUAACCCCAGGAUGGGGCUUCUUCUGCCUUUAUUUUAAGGCUGCAAAACCCCCUCUCUCUUCCCCCAGGCAGAAACAGCCUACCUGGUAUUUAUAGGAGCUCUGUGCUCUUGCCAGCCAGCAGCUCCUGGGACACUGACUAAAUAUUGCACCUGGUCUGAACCUCCACGUGGGACAGCCCAGUUCUUUGUAAAUAGUCAAGUCAAACAAGAAGGACUUGAAUGCAAUUUUGUGUUUAUAGCAGUGUUUUUCUGGUUCAAGAACACCUAUGGAACCAUGGUGAGCUUAAUAAGACAGCAUUACUCUGGUCACCACUUUAGCUUGACGUUAACAUUAAGAGCUAUUGCAGCUUGGGUGCACCGUGUCUAUUUUUUAGUAUUUUGUACCAAUCUCAUGCAUGGUAGCUGAAGCAUGGCACAGGUAGGUUUCUGCUUGUAAUCACUGCACCGUGGUUAAUUUGCUUUAUCCACUAUGUCAGCUCUACUGCACAGCAGCCCUGGAAAGGCUUCAUGGACUCUGGGGGCUGUUCCAUAGGUCGCAGCUGAAGCCUCAGCUCAGCUCCUUCUAGAACACAGCUUGUUUCCAUUUAUCCAUUUUGCAAAAUCUCACACAUGGUUUAUACUUUUUGUAUAUGAAAUACUGGAGCAUCACAGAUUUGCCAGCCCCGUUACAGCACUACUUUUAGCCAUUUUGUAUUUACCAGUGAUACAAUCCAAUAAAUCUCACUUAAAUUAGUCUCAGCUCUCACUGUGUUUCUGGUGCAGCCUCAGCCCUUUGAACCUCAGCUUCCCUUUCCAGGUGCAUUCCCCUGGCCAGC